GUGCUGCCCAACCCAGAGAUCACCCACGUGACCUCCAGCGGGGUCAUCGAGGCCAACUGCACGGCCGCAGCCCGUCCUGCAGCCCAGAUGGUAUGGAAUGUGGAGGGGGACAACCGGACGCUGGGGCCGUCCGUGUCCUCGUCCUACGACCAGGGGGACGGCACCACCCUGGUCACCAGCACCCUCCUCCUCCAGGAGGCCCUGCCCCACGACCAAUCCGUCAAAUGCAUGGUGCACCACCGAGGCCUGGACUCGCCCAUGUCCGUCAACCUCAAUGUUGGUCCGGCCCUCACUACUAUCAUCUCAGUAUCCUGUGUGGCAGCCCUGCUCCUGUGCUGUCUGUGUGUGUGCCUCUGCAAGUGCUUCCUGUGUCGAGACGAUUGAGAUUUGACCUGGAAUGGUGGAAGAAGGACUGUUUUGAUGAGAAGCCAGAGUUCUGGUCAUCCAGCUAGACCUAUCAGCUCCUCAGCACCAUACGCCCCAUGUCUGUUAGAAGGAACAACUCACUACAGUACUACACAUCACCAACAGCUGUUUCUCCAGGCCCCACUGGGUGAACUGGACAUAAACCUUCAUCCCACCAGUGACAACAACAUCAACAACACUAAAGCCAUGUUUCUAUUAACAGUAGAUAUAAAGACACUUAUCAACAUGUGGCUUUGAAGUUUAGUUUGUCUGGUCCCAGAUCAGUUUGUAAUGACUUGCCAACUCCUAUAGUCAUUGUUACACCAAUGGCUCAACAGAUCUGGGACCAGGCUAUAACCGGUCCACUCGAUGAAGAAAAAAGUAUAGGACAAAGGCCCUUAAUACAAAGUGCUUUAAAAGUAGGUUUUAAAAGAUACGUUCUAAUUACACACUGUAAUGUUUAACAGUUACUGUGUGUUUAAGGACCAGGCUGCUUUUUUGUGUAGGAGUUCUUCUGUUAUUUGUUUGUGUGAUUUUGCUGCUGUUAUAAGGGGGGGGGGUGUUACACAUAUCUUUAUUUUAUGACUCAAAAACACAAACACACAAGUUGACUUCAUGGGAGUUCCAGUAUUAAAAUGCAAUUUGCCAUGUAUUAGUUAGCUAUAUGACAUUUAGAAUACAAACAAUAUCAUAUAUAUUUCUCAUGCUCAAUAUUUAACUAUUUACAACAGGGAAUGACAAAAUGUCUGUCUCGCGUGUGCCUUUCCUGUUGAAGCGUAUUCCUACCAUCUGCCCAUUUGAACUGAAGGUGUAAUUACAGCAGGAAAAUGGCCUCCAACUUUUCAGCCUGUUUAAACCUCACAACAGAUGUAUGUAUACAAAUAAACUACUACUGUUUAUUAGCAAUAAACUCUUCAGCAUCUUC